CAUGCGCACUUUGUCAUGUGCUCUUACCGCUCUAGUGUGCUUUAGGAAAGGUGCUUUAUGUAUUUUGGGUUUGCUUACAUGACUGUCAGCAGCAGCGAUGGCAACGUGGCGCAAACUUUUCACCUCAAUGUCUGCUUUCAGGGCGCUCAAUGCGUCAUGCCGGACAUUUAAAAGUAGCAGUAGAGGAGAGAAAGACUUCUUCAAAGAUCUGGAAUCACAGUUCCGGGCGUUCCGAGAGAAAGCGGCCGCAGCGAUGCCCGGCAGCGACUGGAGCCCUUUUGAGCUGACCCCUGGGCUGCCUCCAGAGAGGGCUGAUAUUGUGAUUGUUGGAGGGGGCGUUGUCGGCUGGUCCAUCGCGUACUGGCUAAAGAGAAAAGAGGGAGCCAGAGAUGCUCUCAAAGUCCUGGUGGUGGAGAAAGACCCUUCAUAUUCUCAAGCCUCGACUGUGCUGUCCUGUGGAGGAAUACGACAGCAGUUCUCUCUUAAAGAAAACAUCCUGCUUUCCCUGGCGUCUUCAGAUUUCUUAAAGAACAUUAAUGAUCAUCUGGGAAUGAUAAAUGAAGAUCCUGUUGAUCUACAGUUUAAUCAUUCAGGAUAUCUCUUUUUAGCCAGUGAAAAAUCAGCUCAUAUCAUGGAGGAGAAUUACAGAACCCAAAGAGAAGCGGGUGCUAAGGUUGUCCUCCUGUCACCAUCGCAGCUGAAAGAGCGUUUUCCAUGGGUAAACACAGACGGUGUCGCUCUGGCAUCUUUCGGAUUAGAAAAUGAGGGCUGGUUUGAUCCCUGGUCUCUCCUGAACGCUCUCAGACGAAAGACGAUGUCUAUGGGAGUCUAUCAGUGCUUUGGAGAGGUCACAGGAUUUCGAUGCUCCAUAAGCACAGCAGAAACCACAGAUGGAGAAUUACUUAACGUCAGAAGAAUAAAAUAUGCUGACGUACGAAUGCCCAACAGUUUGGAGUACCAGCCGGUGGAGUGUGCAGUUGUGGUAAACGCAGCGGGUGCAAACUCAGGAAAGAUCGCAGAGAUGCUUGGCAUCGGUCUUGGCCCGAAACAAUCUGUAUCUUCUAUUCCAAUACCCGUGGAGCCCAGAAAGAGAUUUGUUUAUGUAGUACAUUGUCCUGAUGGACCAGGCUUGGAGACUCCAUUUCUGAUCGACUAUUCAGGGGUUUACUUCAGACGGGAGGGACUCGGAGGAAAUUACAUCACGGGAAUGUCACCAGAGGAGAUGGAAGAACCAGAUAUCAGCAACCUCGAUGUGGACCACGAGUUCUUUCAGGAUAAAGUCUGGCCACGGCUCGCCCACCGCGUCCCGGCAUUUGAGCGUCUAAAGGUUUCAGGCGCAUGGGCCGGAUUUUACGACUACAACACCUUUGAUCAGAAUGGCAUUAUAGGACAGCACCCUCUGGUGACCAACAUGUACUUUGCCACAGGCUUCAGCGGUCACGGUCUGCAGCAGUCGCCUGCGGUCGGUCGCGCUGUGGCUGAGCUGAUUGUGGAUGGAGGCUUUAAGACCAUCGACCUCAGUGCUUUUGAUGUUAAACGAAUUCUUCUGCAGGAACCACUACUGGAAAGAAACAUUUUGUGAGGAACAGAGAAACAUUUGAAAGGACUGCAUUUGAUGUGAUCAUGCGAUCAACGUCGUAUUACAGAGACUUGGAAAUAAAAAAUUGGAGUUAUAAUGUGGUAUGUUCAUAUAAGCAUGUAAUACACAGAUCAUGAGCGACGGGGGGUAAUUCAGUUUUUUAUUUGUAAUUUGCAUAAAAGAUCUUCAGACUCAAAUGAUUUUGCAAUUGAUUACCAAAAGAUAAUUAUAUGGGUGGUUUCCCAGACAGGGAUUGUACUGAAUGCAUAUUUGUCAAUUCUUGACUGUAAAAUCUGCUAUAUUUUAUUUUUGUAUCUUUAUGAAAUUAUCUAUAAUUUCACUGUUCAAAAUAUAAAAGAACGUUUUUGAUA